AUGCCACGAGGGCAGUACUGUUGGCGCAAAGUCACUGUGGGAGUUGGUCAGACGCGCCGGGGCGGGGCCACAGGGCGUGCGACAGUCUUCGGGCGAACCGCCGCCGGAGGCAUAGGUGUCUAUGCCAAUAAGCCGAGCACGUCAUCACGUCGUCUACGACCAAUGCUGACGUCUUCCACACUGGCAGCGUUUUGCUGCGCAGCCCUAAGUUCCCUGUGUGCUGCAGCGCCCGCCAGUGUAACGCAGACCUCAAUCGUUCAGAACCCCGAGCACAUGAACAACGGCACACUGUAUUCCAUUAGUGCGUUCUCACCGAAAGUCUUCGUCCGUACCGAUGAAUUCGAACUGAACUACAAGUCUUGUGUACAGUUCUCCUAUAAGCUUAUGGAGAGCAAAGUGCGACUGCGUGCCUACACAUGUCUGCUUUCCGAGGGUGGUUUCUGCACACUUGAUAAGUUCGCCUAUCCUAAAGAUCGAGAAGGUUGCGCAUAUCUUCGCCCUUGGCUUUUCCCUCAUGACAGGUACUCGUUCUACUUCGUGCUAGAACACCGUCCCCGAAAGUACCGUAGUGUCAGAAACAAACGUCAUCGUCGGAUCUCGAAGAGAAAUAACCAAUUAUCGACCACUGCCUUCGGACAUCUCGAACUCAACGGCAUCGUUCCUUGUGAAAAAGUAUGUGAGAAGACAGAAGCAAAUAAUCGCACUUCCUAG